GAUAAGCAUCUCAUUCUUUAGGGAUGCAUUUUUUUUUCACUAUAUAUGGUCUAUAAAUACGAAUAAUAUGCCAACUUCUCUAGCAAUUGUGCAGUUAAGUAAGUAAAGAUCAGAGGUUCUUCAUUGCUUGCCAAUUCAAGAAUACGUACGUGAGCAAUGGCUUCAACUCAAGAUCAUGAAGCCGUUCUGGAUGAGUUGGUGAAGCAAGCACAAAACGACAUCGUUCCAAGGAUGGUGAGUGAUUUGCAACAGCAAGAAGUAGCUCUCAUUGGAAACUUGAAGAAUCUCACUACUGGAGCCGUGAACCUUCAUGCCGAAAAAAUGUGGUCCGGAAGCUUUUUUCAAAAGUAUAAGGAUGUUAUACCUAGUGGUGUCACUAUUGGGUUCAGCAUACUAGCCAAUAUUCAAGAUGGCAUUAAAGAGGCCGUGGUCUAUAGUGGCAGAAGCAAAACUGGACUUCAAUGUGGAUGGCUCGUCGCUUGGUCCAACCCUAGGGAUAUAAAUGCUAAGAAGGUUUAUGUGGAGUGUGGGCCGAUUGCGAAAUACAACAAUAUAAUUUGGGAAAACAUUGAGAGUGAGCUGAACAAAUCUAGUAGUAACUCCAGCCACAGUGAUGCAUCCACUCAGACUUCUAUUCAUGCUCGCAUACUUUCCAUGGAUCAUCCGGUGAAAUCAGACAGCGAUGGAAUUACCAUCGCAUCGUUCAACUAGAUAAUUAAGAAUUUAAGGCUUACGGAGUAUAACAUAACCUAAGUUGUUAUAAUAAAUAAAUAAAUUAAAUAAACGUAAUUAUGAUAUGUGGAACCGUAACUUAUACAGAGUAAGAUUUGAAAAUAUGUACUUGUACUACGUAUGUUACUAUGAUGUUAUUACGUAUUUACGUAAUUACCCUUGUAUGUAACUCUGUACUCUAUCAACUAAAUAAAAAUGUCACCUCUUAACAUUUA